AUGGACGAGUCUGGCAUACAGCAAGUCCGUCGGCUUUCAGCUGACAACCAAACAAUUGCGAAAGCUGAUAUCCCGCUGAAAGAACGCUUCUUCCGGUACUUCCAGUAUGAGAUCACUGCUCUCCAGCAAUCAAUGGACCGUCUCUCUGACACUUCUCUUGUCGGAGGGGAACGAGCAGACGCAACGGACCAUUGCCUCGCUGGCAUCGUACGACUCUCCAACGAAGUUAAAGAUGCUGCGAGUUACAUUCCAACUUACGACCAACGAGUCUACGCCGAUGCCAUCAAAGCUUUACAAGAGAAACUGAACGAAACGCGCGCAGCCUUCGAGCCCCGUUCUAAAUUCAGCUUCAAAACCAAAAAGAAUGCUUCCGCCAUCUCUAUAAACGACGCAGCGACAUUAGCCUCCCAAGGUCGUCGAAGUAUCCCCGGCUAUCGUUCCCCAGGAGCAUCCUCCGUCGGAUCCUCAGCAAAUGACACACCGAACUACCCUUCUACCCCAUUAAACGAGCCUGAUAAACAACUGCUGGAAAGACCUGAGAUCGCACCAACCUCUGCACCACCGGCUUUCCCAGAUAUCAAUGACGGGAAAGGUUCCCCAGAUGCGAAGACCUUUGCAGCUCGUGGCAUCUCUUCAGUCUCAGUGGAUAACCACAGUGGCCUACACAUCAUGCUUCCGGCUUCGGGUUCCACAUCCUCCGUCCCGGCAUCAAUCACUUCUCUUCGACACUGCAUUGUGGAUAUGUCAAUCCCAACUGCUAAUGGAAAGCCAUACGCCAGUCUGACUGUCAAGAGCAUAAAACAAAGUCUUCUAGUUUGCAGCCAAGUUCAGGGCCCCGCACAUAUCACCGGACUUGAGAAGAGCAUCCUAGUCAUCUCAUGCCGCCAGUUCCGUAUGCAUAAUUGCAAAGAUGUCGACGUGUACCUGAGUUGCUCCAGCAAUCCCAUUAUCGAAGAUUGCUCAAAUGUCCGCUUCGGCCGAAUCCCCAAAGCCCAUUGCCUGCACAAUGACCGUUUUGAUAACGAAGACAAAUGGAGCCAAGUGGAAGAUUUCAAAUGGAUCAAGCCGGAACCUAGUCCGAAUUGGAGCCUUUUAGACCCCAGCGAUGCUAUUCCAGAAGAAGUGUGGACGGAGAUUGUGCCCGGCGGGCCGGGUUGGUCGCUUGACGAUAUUUUACGCGCUAUCAAACUUGUAGAUUAG